AUGCAGAUCUCGGGGCUGUGGCUUCAGGAUUGCCCAUUGCAAUUGCCGUCGCUGCAGGCGACCGUGGACCACCUGCGGUCGAAGCAGAAAGAGCUCCAGGACAUUGAUGCCAGGCGUAUCAUGUCCUCCAGCUCCGGCUCUGCCUCCUCUGAUGAUCGUCCAGAUCCCCUGAAGGCUCAGCUGUCAAAGAUGGCCAAGGCAGCUCUCACCGUGGCCGCCGUAGGAGGUGUGGCCUUUGUGGCACCGCAGGUGUCCAUCACCACGAGGGGGACACCUGCGCUGAGGGGCCAGGUGCGAAGCCAAACUUCCAGCGGUUUCAGCUCCAAUGCGGCAGCAGUGGCCCUAAGCAGUGCUGCAGUUGCAGUGACCGCCUUGAGACAGAGCGACAAAAAGACGGUCUUGAGAGCCUUUGAGACAGAGCUCGGUGUGACUCCUCCGUUGGGCUUUUGGGAUCCCUUGGGCUUUAGCAAGUUCGAGAACCCCGAGGUGGCCCAGCAGCAAUUCAAGCGACGGCGCAUUGUGGAGAUUCAACAUGGUCGGGUGGCGAUGUUGGCUUGCAUUGGCUACAUUGUGCCGGAAUACUUCCGGUUUCCUGGUCUUUGCUCACCCUCUCAAGGCUUGGCCUUCACCGACAUCCCCAAUGGGCUUAAGGGCGCCGCUGCUGUGCCUUUGGCUGGCUGGUUGCAGAUCAUCACCUUUGUGGGUAUCAUUGAGGUUACCAAUCUGCAGAAAGCCCAAGACGAGAUCCUGGGUGACUAUGGCUAUGGAGCCUUUGGCCUUCCCUUCGGCAAGAAGAUUGACGAUCCUGAAAAGAAGAAGAAGAGCUUGACCGCCGAGCUCAACAACGGCCGUUUGGCCAUGAUGGCGAUCAUUGGCAUGUUCUACCAAGACGGUUUGACUGGCUCUGCUUGGGGUGACUGGGCCAACUAUGCUGAUUCCCCAUUGCGAGCCUUUGAGAACGAGACAGGUGUCCAGCCUCCUGUGGGCUUUUGGGAUCCCUUGGGCCUUUCCACCAGCGGCAACCAAUCGGACUACAAGAGACGGCGAGAGGUAGAGCUGAAGCAUGGCCGUGUCGCCAUGUUUGCGACCAUCGGCUACAUCUUACCUGAGUAUUGGAGGUUCCCCGGAUAUUUGUCGAAGUUCUUGGACAUCAAGUUUGCAGAUGUGCCCAAUGGUCUGAGUGCCAUUUCCAAGGUUCCAUCUCUGGGCUGGCUGCAGAUCGUGGGCUUUGCUGGCAUCGUGGAGCUCAACGUCUACAAUGAGGAGGUGAAUGGUGAGCCCGGCAACUAUGGCUCGGGAUUCCUGGGACUCCGCUCCGUUGGGGUCAUGAACAGUGGCAUUGCCGACCCGGAAAUCCGCAAGAAGAAACUCAACGCCGAGCUGGCCAAUGGUCGUUUGGCCAUGAUGGCCAUCAUCGGCAUGUUCUUUCAGGAUGGCCUCACGGGAAGCGCAUGGGGAGAUUGGGCCAACUACACCGACUCUCCUUUGCGCUAA